AUGGGUUGUCCUAAAGCUCACAAGGUUGACUAUGCAUCGUAUCAGCUGAUUGAUGAAGCGUUAACUUGGUGGAAGAGCGCAAGGGCUUUGCUUCGAGCACAACAUGUUGAUCUUACUUGGGAGGUGUUCAGACGGGUUUUUCUUGACAAAUAUUUCCCUAAGGCUAUGAGGAGAAUGAAACACACUGAGCUUCUAGCACUGCGACAAGAUAAUAUGAUUGUUAAUGAAUAUAUUGCAAAAUUUGGGCAGCUGAUGGAGUAUGCUAAUUUUGAUCAGAACAUUUAUGACGAAGAAUGGCAGAUGGAAAAGUAUGAAAGUAGACUGCAUCCGGAGAUUUGCAAGCUUAUUUUGACCACAACAAAUCGUACUCUUCCUGAAUUGAUCAAUCAGAGUCGACAAGCCGAAGAUAUUAUUAAUGAAGCCAAGACUUUGUCUAAACAGCCAGUGCAAUCACAAGGAGGAAGUAAAGUCGAUCGGUUUUUCAGAAAGAUUACUGGAAUGAAUCGAGGCAAGGGUCCUCAGUUGCAACCUCGGUCUGGAAACUUUAAGAAGAAUAAUGCUCCUGGACAAUCCUCAGUCGGACGACAAAGUUUCUCUGCUUGUUCCACUUGUGGGAAGAAUCAUACUGGUGUAUGCCGACGCGGGAAUAAUUUGUGCUACAAGUGUGGACAACCGGGACACUUCAUUUCUGAUUGCCCUCAGAAUACGAAUCAGCCUCCUACUCAAGCUCAGGUGUUCACUCUUGAUGCCAUUGAAGCUCAAAAGUAUCCGAAUUUGAUCCGAGGUAAUGUAAUCUUGAAUGGUUAUCCUAUUUCUGUUAUCUUUGAUUCUGGAACAUCAGGUUCUUUUAUUGCGGGGCACACUGCAAUGAAGCUAGGUCUCACCCUGACUCCUUUACCUUAUGAGUUACAAAUCAGUACUCCUACUGGAGGAUCUUGUACUGCAUCAGAAAUCUGCAGGGGUUGUAUUCUACAGUUUGAAGAAAGGACUUAUACGGUGAAUUUAGUGGUUCUACUGGUAUUCAGUCUUGAGAUGAUUAUCGGUAUGGACUGGCUGGCAGAGAAUGGAAUGACGUUGGACUGUCAAGCAGGAAAGGUCAUCGUUCCUUCUAAAGAUGGUAAUUCUCAGUUCUUUUCUACUAUUUCCUUGUUGCAAGUUAGGAAAGAACUCCUUCGGGGAGCUGAAGGGUACUUGUUGUUAAUUGAGUCUGAAACUACUGUUGACAACCAACUUCAAAAUAUUCUUGUUGUUAAUGAGUUCGUGGAGGUGUUUCCUGAUGAAAUUCCUCGAUUACCUCCUCAUCGGGAGAUAGAAUUUCCUAUUGAACUUCUUCCUGGAGUUAGACCUAUUUCUAUUGCUCCUUAUCGUAUGGCACCACUGGAACUUCGGGAACUUAAGAAACAAAUAGAAGAGCUUUUGUCAAAAGAGUUCAUCAGACCCAGUACUUCUCCGUAG